UAUUCAUUCAUUGCUGCUGUCACUUUAUGAAUCUCUCUGUUGAAUAAUGAGUUUUGCUGUGUCUGGCUCUUGGUAUGGUGCGUGUGUCAACACUGGUAAUGUGACGUCAACCACAACCCUAACCACGGCUUACUCCGAGCAUCCAGUAGAGUUCCUUCCAAGACCUAAAGAGAGGCUACAUUCAAUGGCUGCCCAACAAGAAGAGGCGACUGGGGCACUAAAGACUGUGCAGUACACUUGGCGAGGCCUAAGAAUGGUGGGAGAAGCUUCACUAUUUGAUAUGGCAGAGCCAGUCUGGCACCCAGAUGAGAAGAGCCCUGCGUGUGAUCAAUGCCGGGCCCAGUUCAGCCUCCUCAUCAGGAGACACCACUGCCGUCGCUGUGGAGACGUUGUGUGUGGAGACUGCUGUGAGAAGAACAGCCUGAGUAGGAUGGGCUAUGUUGACCCUGUGCUCAUCUGCUCAAAGUGUCUGCCUAUAGUACGCAGUGAGGAGGAGUUCCUGAGCACACAGGUCAAGCACCUAGUACAUGGUGCCCACUUCCACUUGUCAGACACUCCCGACCAGACAGUGGUGUACCAUUGCAAGUUGAGCAACGACCAUAAGCAGAUCGUCAUCUCCAAUGAUCACUUCCCUAUCAACAUGAAGCACAUCCUCGAGGUCAAGACCAUCUCAGACGAGGAGCCUGCUGAAGAGGGUACUCGCAAGAGAUCAAGCAGCAGUCAAAAGCACAUAGGACUGGAGGUGACCUACAAGGUUGGAGGAGGGGAACACAAGCUUUCCCUAGUGCCCGCCCCCUCUCACUCUAGGAAGCAGGCCACCGAGUGGCUCAGAGCACUCAAGAAGGGACUGAUUAUCCUGCACAAAUGAAGCCCAGCUACAGUAGAGUGUCCCUAACCCUGACAUUGAAUGAUUAAACACUUUGCUUGUUACACUUCAUUAAUUUUGUACGCACAAAGAAUAUUUUAUGUGGAAUUAUAAUAAUUGUGAACAA